UAUCUACACAACAAAAUGUCUAGAAUCAUCCUCUUUGCCUUCUUUUCCAUCUACCUUUUAGCUACAGUAUCCGCUGGGAUUAUCCGUGACCGUCGCGCCAUAGAAGACUAUUUCAACUCGAAUGACGUUGUGAACAACGUGAUACAGGACAAUAUGCUCGGAGGACCAACAUCUCUAGGAUGGGCACAAGUUCCACACGUCUAUAGUCCAAUGUUCUCGCCAGUGUUUGGAAAAUAAAUUUAAUGUUAAUAGUAGGCAUGCUUAUAUUUUUUGUGAAAUUUGAUCUCUUGUAUUAAUAAAGAUUUU